GUUGACAACUGACGACAACGGUACAAAACGCUCCGCAGUCCGUGGCCGUUAUUUCGUUUUGGCUCUUUCGCGGGUACGCACCCUUUCUUGUCCGGUUAAUUCGUCUCGCACACCGCUCCCACGUUGUACACGAGCUGCGAACUUGAACGGUACAUUUUAUUUUUGCUCUUGUUUGCCGUUCAUCUAAAAACAAUCACAAUGUCUGACGGUAGUUGGGAUGAUGAGUCUGGUUUUUCGAACCAAAGAGGCCGUGGUCGUGGUGGUUGCCGAGGAGGUAGAGGAAGAGGAAGCUUUAAUAGAAAUAAUGAUUUUGACUCUAAUUCACAAGGUGAAGAUGGUUGGGGUAAUAGUGGUGGUGGUGGUGGUGGUGGUGAUUGGCCUGGUGACAACGAUGGUGGAUCACGUGGCCGUGGUGGACGGGGUAGAGGAAGAGGAGGUAGAGGAGGAAGCAGAAUGGAUAGAAAUAAUGGUGACGAGGAAGGUGGUGAUUUUGGUGAUGACCAGCAACCACCAGUUUCUGAUAAACCUAGACCAACAUAUGUACCUCCAGAAAUUGAUGAAAAUGAUGAAUAUGGAAUUGGUGUUGGAAGCAAUUUCGAUAAAUAUGAAAAUAUUCAAGUAAAAGUUAGUGGUGAUUCUGUCCCCAAACAUAUUGAAUCCUUUAAGAGUUCAGGUUUGCGUGAAGUAUUAAUAGAAAAGUUGGUCAAAUGCAAUUAUACAACACCUACGCCAAUUCAGAAGUAUGCUAUUCCUAUUAUCAUUAGUGGACGAGACAUGAUGGCUACUGCCCAAACUGGUUCUGGUAAAACUGCCGCAUUUGUUUUGCCAAUUGUGCAUACUUUACUCUCUAACUCACAAGAUUUAGUUUUUGAUCGGAAUUACUGUGAACCUCAAUGUGUUAUUAUGUCACCAACUAGAGAGUUAGCCAUACAAAUUCGUGAUGUUGUAUAUAAAUUGACGCAAGGAACUUGUAUUAGACAAUCAAUUCUCUAUGGCGGAACUGCAACAGGAUAUCAGAGGAAUACACUUGCUAACGGUAUCCAUAUAUUAGUUGCAACACCUGGACGUUUGAAUGAUUUUGUGGGUCGAGGAUACGUAUCAUUUAAGUCUUUAAGGUUCUUUGUGUUAGAUGAAGCUGAUAGAAUGUUGGAUAUGGGUUUCAAACCAGAUAUUGAAAAAAUAUUGAACCACGAAACAAUGGUGGAUAUUCAUACUAGACAAACACUUUUAUUUUCUGCUACGUUGGCAGAUGAUAUUCAAAUGUUAUCUGAAGCUUAUUUAAAGCCAAACUAUGUGUUUGUCGCGGUGGGUGAAAUUGGAGGUGCUUGUAAAGAUGUUAAACAAGAAAUAAGAGAGGUCUCCAAGUUCGAAAAAAAGAAAGAACUAAUUAAAGUUUUGGAAUCCUUAGGGGAUUGUCAAGGAACCAUGGUUUUUGUAGAACAGAAAAGAAAUGCCGACUUCAUCGCUGCAUUUUUAAGUGAAAAAGAUUAUCCUACUACUAGUAUUCACGGCGAUCGUGAACAACCAGAGAGAGAACAAGCAUUAAGAGAUUUUAAAAAUAAUAAAAUGAAAAUAUUGGUUGCUACUGCAGUUGCUGCUAGAGGCCUAGAUAUAAAAGGUGUUAAUUGUGUUAUAAAUUUUGAUAUGCCCAGCUCUAUUGAUGAGUAUGUGCAUCGAAUUGGCCGAACAGGAAGAUUGGGGAAUUCUGGUAGAGCUGUUUCAUUUUAUGACAGUAGCAGUGACAAUAACUUAUCAUCAGAGCUUGUUAGGAUUCUAAAACAGGCUGAACAGGAAGUGCCAUCAUUUUUAGAUGGUAGAGGUUUCUAUGGAGGAAAUUCUUAUGGUGGAAGUAGCAAUGCUUGCAACGAUGUCAGACAGACUUCGCAACCUGCUGCUGCUGCUGCUGCUGCUGAGGAUGAAUGGUGAAUUGGAUUAAUUGAUUGUAUUAUUAUUUAACUUAAUUCGAAAUAUAGACUGAUUAAAUUAAGUUAUUUGACUAUUUUAAGGUCAAUAAUUAUUAAAUUUAUGUACACCUUAAAUUGGUU